ACAUCAGAUUAGCGGUUGAGACGAAGAUAAUACGUACUCCUCGAAGAUAAAACAAAGAUUCUAUUAUUCCUUGCUCUGUUUUCUUUUGAUCUUCAGGCUCAGUCUUUGUCUCCUGCUCUUCGUUUUCUCCCUUUUUGUCUUUCUUUUCAGUAUCGAUUUUCCCGCAGCGUAGAUGGGUACCAAAUUCAAUGCCAUUCGGGUUACACUUCUCCUUGUGCUCCUUCUGUCUCCUGCAGUAUUUUCUGUGCCAAAUGAAGGAAUGGUCAGAAUUGGAUUGAUAAAGAAGAAACUUGAUCAAAUCAACAGGGUUGCUGGAGACAUUGACUCUAAGGAAGGGAAACUGUCAAGGACUCCUUUAAGGAAGUAUCAUCUCCAAGGAAAUCUUGGGGCUUCUGAUGACUCUGAAAUUGUUGCACUAAAGAACUACAUGGAUGCUCAGUAUUUUGGAGAGAUUGGAAUCGGCACACCUUCACAGACUUUCACUGUGAUAUUUGACACAGGAAGUUCCAAUCUUUGGGUGCCUUCUUCAAAGUGUUAUUUCUCUGUUGCUUGUUAUUUUCACUCCAAGUACAAGUCCAGUCAGUCUAGUACCUACCAAAAGAAUGGGACAUCUGCUGCGAUCCAAUAUGGAACAGGAGCAAUUUCAGGUUUUUUCAGCCAGGAUUCUGUCAAAGUUGGUGAUCUUGUUGUGAAUAAUCAGGAUUUUAUUGAGGCAACCAGAGAGCCUGGCAUCACAUUCUUGGCUGCCAAGUUUGAUGGCAUAUUUGGCCUUGGAUUUCAAGAGAUCUCAGUUGGGGGUGCUGUGCCUGUCUGGUACAAUAUGGUUAAUCAAGGCCUUGUUAAGGAACCAGUUUUUUCAUUUUGGUUGAACCGCAAAAUUGAAGGUGAAGAAGGAGGAGAAAUUGUGUUUGGCGGAAUUGAUUCUAAUCAUUAUAAAGGAGAGCACACAUAUGUUCCGGUGACUCAAAAAGGCUACUGGCAGUUUGAUAUGGGUGAUGUUCUGGUUGGAGGUGCAACAACUGGAUUCUGUUCCAGUGGUUGUGCAGCAAUUGCUGAUUCUGGAACAUCUUUGCUGGCAGGCCCUACGACUAUCAUUACUCAAAUUAAUCAUGCCAUUGGGGCUUCUGGUGUUGUUAGCCAAGAAUGCAAGGCAAUAGUUUCACAAUAUGGGAAAAUGAUACUGGAAUUGCUGGUGUCUGAGACACAACCACAAAAGAUCUGCUCUCAAAUUGGUUUCUGUACUUUUGAUGGGACUCGAGGUGUCAGCACACGAAUUGAGAGUGUAGCAGAUGAGAUUGUGGGCAAAUCAUCUGAUGGUGUCCAUGAUGCUAUGUGUACUGCUUGUGAGAUGGCUGUGGUCUGGAUGCAAAAUAAGCUCAGGAGAAAUGAGACCGAAGAACAGAUCUUGGAUUAUGUGAAUGAGCUUUGUGAAAGACUGCCCAGUCCAAAUGGAGAAUCAGUAGUUGACUGUAGCAGUCUUUCUUCCAUGCCCGGUGUUUCAUUUACUAUUGGUGGUAAAGUUUUUGACCUUGCACCUGAGGAGUAUGUUCUUAAAGUGGGAGAGGGAGCUGUAGCACAAUGCAUUAGUGGAUUUACCGCUUUGGAUGUGCCCCCACCUCGUGGACCUCUCUGGAUUUUGGGAGAUGUUUUCAUGGGUCGCUAUCACACGGUAUUCGACUAUGGGAACAUGACAGUUGGGUUUGCUGAAGCAGCUUAAAUGCUUAUAUUCUACUAUACAUGCCUUAUCUAUCUGCAAUGACAGUUUGUAAUAUAGGUACAUUAUGUUAUCAUUAAGAUAGAACUUAACCCGAAGAAGACCUUGGCUUUGAACUUGUAUUGUAAAUAGAAUGCUUCAUGAAUAUCGGUUGGCUUGUAGACGUUAAACUCAUAUUUUAAUUAAAUAGUUUAGCAUUUCCUAAUGUUAUACCAAAA